GCGGAAAAGUGGGCCGAGGGCGGCGACAUAUCGACGUAGCGGAGUUGUGGACAUUUUGGCCGACGAAGUUAAACAUCUUCGAAGAAGAACUGCAAGUGGCCGCCAUAAGCAUAAUCACCAUGCAAUCUGCUCGGGGAAGGUGCUGAUACUAUGAGACAUGCCCCCACAGGUAGGGCAGCAGUGCGUACGGGUCAGCGACCAUCGCUGGAGAGUUAGGAGGGAGAACCAACAAAGGCACAGAGGGAAGAGAGAAAACAGAGAGAGAGAGAGGAAGGCCAGGAAGCGAAGGAAAGGGCACAGACUCGGAAGUAUCGAGGCGAGCGAAGUGAAGUCACUGAAGUGUAGAGGGGGAGCGGAUGCAGGUGUGCGAGUAGAGAGCUUUGAAGAGGAUGGAUCCCAAGCUAACAAGGGCAGAGGUGACGUUAGGUAAGAGUAAAAAGGAAGGGGAAAGAGAGGAGGAAGAUAACAGAGAGGUCUGUGAAGUGAAGUGUGGAAGGGGAGCGGAUGCAGGUGUGCAAGUAGAGAGCUUCAAAGAGGACGGAUCCAAACAAGGGCAGAGGUCAGGUUAGGGAAGAGAAAAAAGGAAGGGGGAAGAGAGGAGGAAGAUAGCAGAGAGGAGGAAGGGAAAGAGAGGAGUAUGACUGCAACAAAAGCGGCGAUGGAGGGGUUUCAACCCUCGCAGAGUGUCAGUUUUAGGUGGGUGAUAGAGAAUUUUACUAAGUUGACUGUCAGAAAACUCUAUUCUCACACGUUUGCUGCUGGAGGUCAUAGCUGGCGUCUCUUGUUGUUUCCAAAGGGCAACAGUUACGAAUCCGUCCAAAAAUUGGCAGUUUAUGUUGACGUGCCAUAUUCUGAGUGGUUAGAGGUUGGCUGGAGUCGCAAUGCAGAUUUUACCCUACGUGCUGUUAAUCAGCGUGACCCUAGUCUUUCAAUAGAGAACAGCUCAAGUCAUAAGUUUCACAAAGGGGAGGCCGAUUGGGGUUUUAGAGAAUUCAUGCCUCUUAAGGAUUUGGUUGACCCUUCGAAAGGGUUCUUGGUUGACGGUACCGUGGUGAUUGAAGCCGAGGUCUCGGUUGGCGGGGAUGUGGUCAAGGCCCAGAAUGACUCGCGAAAUGCCCAGGUUGAUGACUCGCGAAAGGCAACAGGGUUUGUUGCGUUGCGCAGCAAAUACACCGCCGCCAGUUCCUUCAUGAACGCGGUUCUGCAGACUCUUUAUCACCUACCCUACUUGCGGAAGGCUGUUUAUCACAUGUCGAUGACGGAGUGUGAGAAGAAAGUUGCUUCAACUACUGCCAUGCCCUUUGCGCUUCAAUGUCUGUUUCACAAGAUGCAGAACAGCGAUGCCAGUGUACAGACUGACGAUUUUGCCACCUCUUCCGACUGGGAUUCGUGGGCUGCAACUUCUUUCUGCCUGCCUUACGAAGGCAGGAAAUUCCUUCUCAUCAUCUUCGAGCAGCUAGAGAGGGCGAUGAGGUGGACAGGAGUGGCAGGAACCAUUCAGGACUUGUUCCAAGGUCAUUAUGUUCUGUCCAGUUGCGCGGACUUUGUUGAUGAUGUGGCCGUCAAAGAAAAGCGAAGGAGGAUCUCGUUCUAUGACUUGGAGUUGGAUGUCCGGGGCUGUAAGGACGUCUACGAGUCGUUUGACAAGUACUGCAGCGCCGGGGAGAGAUUGGAGGGGGGCGGGAAGCGUCGACGACAUCCGCGGCCAGGGGGCGGAAAUGGCGCCGGUGUCGGGGAAGGGAGGAGGAAGGGGAAUCGUCGGAUAUGGUUUGAGACUUUCCCGACGGUUUUGUGUCUGCACUUGAAACGGUUUGAGUAUGAUGUCGAGCACGACAACAUGGUGAAGGUAAACGACAGAUACGAGUUCCCGGUACAGCUGGACCUCGAUCGUGAUGGCGGAAAGUACCUCGCCUCUGACAGAGACAGGAGUGUGCGAAACCUUUACACGCUGUAUAGCGUUCUGGCUCACAGUGGUGGCAUCAACAACGGCCGAUGCCAGGUGUUCAUUCGACCGAUGUUGUUGGAGCAAUGGUACAAGUCCGAUGAUGAAGGUGUGAGGAAGGAGGAUGCCAGGAGAGCGGUGGAAGAACAGUACGGAGGGGAGGAGGAGAUGGUGACCACCCCCAAGACUACGAGUUCGAAUGCGUACGUGCUGGUUUACGUCCGCGAAGAAGACAAGGGCAAAGUUAUGUGUAAGGUUGAUGACACCACCCGAAUCGCAAAGCGUUGUCAGAGCGGGGGGGGAGUGCAGCAGAAGGUGGCCGACUGGUACGCUAUUGUGAAGGUGGCAAGGGAGGAGGAUUUCCGCGAACAAAUCGGCUGGGACAUCCUCUUUGAUCUCGUGGAUUUUGAAAAGGUGGGUUGGUUUGUGAUAGGAAGUCACUCCUCCUUUCAGACAGUCAAGGACCAAUGCGCCGCUAUAUUCCACAUUCCUAUUCAGUGCCAACGGUUCUGGUUAUGGGAGAAGCGGAAAAACCAUACCUAUCGAUUGAGCAGACCACUGACGCCGGACGAGGAGAUGCAGAUCGUAAAGCGGCUCAUUGACGAGCGAGCAUCGACCAGAGGACCCAACGCGGGCAUCAACCUUUUCCUUGAAAAAGUCCCGGAAAACCCAGAGGGUGUUUCCGGUCCGAUCCAUAAUAGGCCCACUGGCAAAGACGACAUCUUAAUCUUCUUCAAGAAGUACAGUCCGGCUGCCGCAGCAUCGGGGGAGGAGGAGGAGGAGGAGGAAGAGGGCGAGGAGGAGGAGGAGGAGGAGGAGGAGGAGUUGAGGUACGUAGGGAAGAUGUUGGUGAAAGGUGAAACCAAGCCUUGUGAUGUCAUGGUGCAGAUUAAGCAGCUGGGGGUCUUCAAACCGAACGAGGAGGUGAUCUUGUACGAGGAGAUCAAAUUCGAUCCAACAGUAAUGUGCAUUCCAAUCGACAAGACAGCCACCUUCUCAAGUAGUGGGCUGGAAGACGGCGACAUUGUCUGUGUCCAGAGGGCUAUUGCUGAGACGGACAUCAUCAAGUACCGGUAUCCGGACGUCCCUUCUUACCUUGACUACGUUAGGAACAGGCAGGUGGUUCGCUUCCAUCGGUUGUCAGAGCCCAAUAGUACGCCGCAUUUCGUGCUGGAGAUGUCGAGGCAGCACACCUACGAUGACGUCGUACAGCGGGUGGCAAGACAUGUUGGAGUCGAUGAUCCAGGGAAGAUCCACCUCACUGCUCAUAACUGCUUUUCCCAGGCGCCGAGGAGUCGACCCAUCAAGCAUGAAGGCGGGGAAAGUCUCGCGGACAUGCUGGCUCAUCACAAUAGAAUGUCCGAGAUCCUGUACUACGAUGUAGUCAAUCCCCGUGCUCUCGAGCUGGAACGAUGGAAGACGCUGGAGGUCAGGUUUUACAACAGCAGGGUGGAGGAGGUAUGUGUGCGGAACAUCCGCCUUCCAAAGGAAAGCACUGUUGGCGAGCUAAUCAAGGAGACCAGUGAUUUGGUCGAUCUCUCCAACUCCGCGUCACAACUUCGUAUCCUCGAAGUUUCUGAGAGUAAGAUUCGCAAGAUCUUCCUCCCGACAGAGAAGUUAGACAACAUAAGCAAUCACACGGGUCAGAUAUUGAGAGCGGAGGAGAUCCCGGAGGAAGAAAAGGACCUGGGUAAUGCCGAAGAAGGUAGACUUAUUCACGUGUGCCACGUCUGGCAGGAUUCUGCAGCGGGCUCCAGGGGGGCUCAGACCUUUGGCGAGCCAUUCUGCCUUGCAGUCAGGGAGAAGGAGACGCUAGUUAUUGUGAAAACUCGGAUCAAGAGGAAACUUGCGGUGCCCUAUGAUGAUUUCUCGAAGUGGAAGUUCGCUUGCAUGGAGCGGAGUGCACCACUCUACCUGCAAGAUACAGAUAUCGUGCUGAGCUGCUUUGGGAAACGCACACAGACUGACGAUGAUUGCGAGCAGUAUCUCGGCUUAGAGCAUGCUGACACUGCACACAGGAUGUCGCAUCGCUGCGAUGGACCGAACUAAAAGAUAAGUUGCAAACGAAACAACAACAGGAAGGAUCCGUAGUAAGAUUUUAAUCGAAUGCAGGAUAUUCGACUUGCCUCGGUGAUGAAUUGUCUCAUUUGCUGUACAAUUUGUCACACCAUUAUGACUGUCAAUUCUGUAGAUUUCUCGAAAGCUGCCAAGCUUUAUUGCAUGCCGCGAUUGCUCAAUGGACAACUGAUAGGUCCCUAGAUCCACUGCACAACAUGCGAAAUGUAUUGCUAGGUGACACUGCACGCGAUAGGUUGAGGUUGAAAAAUGUUGAGUCAGUCUGAAUGAAUCUUGUGCAUGCUG